UUGUACUGUAUCACUCUAUGCAGCAAUCAAAACUUGGGUUUGAAGUUUCUCUCUCUACUUGAAGUGCCUCUAUUUAUACCGCACCCUGCUUUUGCUUCGGCAAUAACAUUACUGAUCUGUAAUUUGUUCUUGUCCUGCUUCUGCUUCCGAAGAAGAAGAAUGGCUUCCAACUCCAAAUCUCCUCUUUUACUGCUGGGCAUUUUGGUUCUGUUUAUUACAAAGGUUUCUUCUUAUGACGAAGAUCUCGUCAAUCAGGAUAAGUAUACAAAAGCUCCGGUUUCAGCGGUGGCUCCUGUGGUAGCCCCUACGCCAUCGCCAGCACCGAAGCCGUCAACUCCUCCAACUGCCCCAGUCGGAAAGGCACCGACCCCUCCACCGACGACGGGGCACCCAGUGGCUCCGGCACCACAGCCCCCAGUAAAUGCUCCUGUAACUCCAGCCCCGGCUCCAGCAGCUCCCAUAGUUAGAUCAAACAAAGAUUGCGUGCCACUGUGUGAGAAUCGGUGCCAAUUGCACUCAAGGAAGAGAGUGUGCAUAAGAGCAUGCAGUACCUGCUGUGAACGGUGCAAGUGUGUUCCUCCGGGCACUUACGGCAACCGUGAAGUCUGCGGCAAAUGUUACACCGACAUGGUCACUCACGGCAACCGCUACAAGUGCCCCUAGCCUUGAUCUUCACGUUACUGCGUUUAAUAUAUUUACCUACUUUCCUGUUCCUAGCUACGUACUAAACUAGUGAGUCUUCAUUCAUAAUUACUGAGUGAGGACUCACAUGUGUGUUUAUAUACUAGACUAUUGUCCAAGUGCCUCGUCUUCAACGAAA